AUGGGCAACGUCGUGUCGUAUGCUGAGGAGGCCGUCGUCGUCGCGGAGGCACCCGAGGCUGAGGAGGUAGAGAGCCCCGAACCCGAGAAGGAGUCUGUGGAGGCCGAGGCUGUCGAGGAGGAGGAGCCCGAGAAGCGUCAGAUCACGCUGAGCACAUCCCCUGUGGACUUCCGCUUCCCCAUCACCAACCAGAGCCGGCACUGUUAUGUCGCGUACUGCGAAGCACAUCGCUGUUUCCAGCAGAAGGGCGAGGAGGAUUCAGAGUGCCAGCGCCUCGCCAAGGUCUACAGGUCCAUCUGCCCUGUGGAGUGGCUGGAGCAGUGGAAUGAGGCACGUGAGAACGGCAGCUGGUGA